AUGUCCAACUGCUGCAGCUGUAUCCGUGGAUGUACCACGGACACUUAUCAACCUCUGAGUUCACAAAGAUUCUCUGGUAGUAAGGGGAAGGUCUACAGAGAUGGAAGAGAGAUACUGAAGAGCCCUAGGAAUCAGAGAAGAAAGCUGAGCGUGCGCUACGACGCUGUUAGACCCGCUGGUGGCGCAAGUGAUCAGUCAACGCCUCAUCGCCACCUGCCCGGUAGUCUGCGUGGUUCCCUGAGCUACUCCCACAGCCACCGCCACAACCACCUCCACAGACAUGAUCCACCGCUGCCACCGGCAUACUGCACUCCGCCUCCGCCGCCCCCCUCGAGUUUCCCCACAGUGCAGCGUGGCUGCGCCCUGCAUUCGAGGCUCGAUCCGCCGGUGACCAGCUCGACGUCCGGGAUGGACAGCAAAAAGGUUGUCCAGGCGGCGCCGCUACCCGUGCCUGUCCAGGUGCGUAGCAAGAACGAUGGCUCGGGGGUGGUGGCAGCGUCCGUGUCUGGGGUACGCAGACGAAGCGGCUCGCAGGGUUUACGAUCGCCCGCCGCGAAGAGGCCACUCUCCGCCCCCGUCGCCCUCCAGGGCUGGCUACACAAACAGGGCUCCGAGGGGCUGAUGCUCUGGAAGAAACGGUGGUUCGUCCUCUCCGAGUACUGCCUCUUUUAUUACAAAGGUCCGGAGGAGGAAAAAUUGUUAGGCUCGAUAUUGUUACCGUCGUACAGAGUCACCGUAUGCAAGCCUGAGGAUAAAGUUAACCGGAAGUUCGCGUUCAAAGCAGAACACGCGAACAUGAGGACCUAUCAUUUCGCAGCGGACAGUCGCGAAAGCAUGAAUCAGUGGGUGAACGCGUUAACCUUGGCCACUCUUCUUCAGGAUCCAAGCCCUGGAGCUGGUGAAGCAGCAGUAGUGAUAGAGAUAGCUGGCCAGCAAGACGGCGAGCGCAGCGCUCGUCCAAGCGUGUCCUCCAUAUCUUCCAUCUUGAAUCAGAGCGCCGACGACAGCGAUUCUGGUUUCCAUGGUUUCCAAUCACGUGACGACCCUAGCCACGCGUCCAACAACAACUCCAGUCCGAACAGCGUGAACACUGCCUCCUUCCCUAACCUCAGCGGCAGUAACAGCAACAGCAACACCAACAAUGGGAACAAUAAUAACACCAAUAACAACAAUAGCAUCGUUCCCAACGCUGGUAACAAUAACAUCAACGAUGUACAACCAAUGGUAAACGGUUGGAUUCAGCAACAAACUCCUCCUUAUGGUCAACCCAGUACGUCACAGCAUCAGCAACAGCAGCAGUACGGCCAAUUGAUACCCGCUGCUCAACAAAUGCAAGGCCACUCUCAUCAGCACCAAGCAUUGCUUCAUCAACAUCUGUCACAUCAGAGUACCAAUCAGAAUCACCAGAAUUAUCAGCAUAAGCAUGUUGCUCAGCCACAGCAGUCUCAGUCACAUUUAACAGCCAGCAACGUGCAAACUGUUCAGCCUAUGCCCAGAAAGUUUGGUCAACCGAUCUACGCCAAUGCUCCUCCAAAGCCAAGAAGACUGACAGAUGGAUCCACUGAGUAUUCGACACCGUCUCCCGAUCCAGAUUACAGAAAGUCACCGGUAUCGCCUGAUGUGACAGUGACCAGUAAAAGCCCUAUGUCCGAUUACGAUAGAAGCAGCAUGAUAUACGGGACAAGGAUGAGUCAGCCGUCGCAACAGAGUCUCAGGACGGACAAGUCUGGCUUGAAUUAUGGUUACGGUCAAGUGCAGACCGAGAGGCGCACACCUGACACCUAUGGGCGAAGCGCGGCGAAACCGAGAUCUAGUAGGGGGGGGAAUGGUGACUAUGAGGAAGUUUAUGGAGCACCUCAGUUAUAUCAGAGGCCGGCUGGACCCGUCGGAUACACGAAAGGCUCGUCUCCCGCGCCGAUACCGAUUCCAUUGUAUACGCAACAGCAUCAACAGUACCAACAGCAGGUUCUCUCUCCCGUCGCGCCAUCUAACGUGCCAAUAAUGAGGCAACCGAGGGCGCAGCCACCACCGCGACCGCACAGCGCGGACUUCUUGGAGUACGAGGCGACCAGAAAGCCUCAACAGCAGAUGCCGUUGCAGUGUGAGGAUACAGUGAACCAACAGAGGCGUCCACAAAGGCCUAAAUCGAGUUUAGACAUAGUCACUCCGUCGGACGCUGCAAACGAUGGAUACUUCUAUUCCGAAGAAAGAUACGCGGCACAGAUGCGGCAGUCCGCAGUUUAUCUCCAUCAGACGCCUCAACAUCAUCAGCAACAAAGGAACCAAUCACUUUCCCGCGCGACAAUGCCAUCGAAAGCAACGGGUACCCGCGACAGAAGCGACGAAAGUAGAAUAGCAACGCUGCCGGAAGCUUCCUGCUCGGGCCUGAGGCGGGGACAACGCGAACACGUUCAUCAGCAGCACGUGAUGCCGCACCAAUCGCUACAGAGGCAUACCGAGAUGAACAGCAGCGAGGCGAAGCUGAGGCGUUCGCUGCGUGAGAAGAGCUAUGAGUCGAGUAGCCGUGAAAUGCUGAGUCAUAUGACAGAGGAUGGGACGAUGCCGCGAAGAAUUUCACGAGAAUACGAGUCGGCUAUAGGGUGGGGCGGCAGGCCGGCGAGUCACACGGGCCAGGGGAGCGCUCACGUGGGCCAAGCGUGCCACGCUCCUCACGCCGCCGCCAGACGAUGGAACGAGCAGCAACAGUUCUGCAGGUCGGCGUCCGCACGCCUACCGAGGACCAGGCAUCCAGCCGCGUUGGACGCCGACGACGACGACUACGGGGAACGAUCUUCCGAACAGGACUCGCGGGAUGGUGAGCGAAAGAUACAACAGCGCGAGGAGUCGAUGAAGCGGUUGCUUGAAUGGAAGCAGCGGAUGCUGCAGUCGCCGUUGACCCGGAAGCCAUCGGCUUCCGCAAACAGAGGCCGGACUCAGAAUGAGUUGUCUACCUAUUACAAGCAGCAGGCGUUGCUUGAGCUCGCUGCCCAUGAAGCCUCAGUCGCAGAGGGUCGUCACUCACGGCGAAGGGAGGACGGUCAUCGGCCGCACGUACGCAGCAAGAGCACCGACGGACGCCGCACUGUCGCCAACGUUUCGCGAUACAACAGUUAUUCCAGCGACGACGAAGAGCUGGGAGAUGUCCGGAGGAAGCGCACGCGCAGACCCUCGCAUGCAGGAAGGAGCCCUAGGCAGUCGGGAGACAAUCGUGCGUCGGGGAUCCUGGCCCAGGAUGGCCGCCAAACGAACCAGACCGCUGUUCGUCAGUCUAACGAGCGGCAAACGAGCCCUGAACUGGGCGGUAUACCCCCAGACGCCGGCUACGAGGAGGUCAGCUUUCCCUCCGCGCACAGAAACGAUCGUUCUCCUUCGUAUCGUUCCUCUGAACAAAGGCAAGCUACCGUUAGAAACGAUCAACAAGACCUGGACAGCUGUUCGUACGACGAGGACAAGUUCAAGAAGAAACCGUCUGGUAUAUUGAAGACUUCCACUUCUUACGGCGGUGUCGAGCAGAAUAGCAGCAAAGCGUCCAAUACAACAGGAUCUCCUGGAUACGUAAAUGAGACCUGGCCAGCUCAGAAGAGUGUACAAUGGACCACUAAGAGGGAGCGAGAUGACUGGGAUUCUAAUAUCGACGAGAGUAAAGUGAUCAAGGAGUUUUCUUAUCAGUAUAUCAAGCCUAAAGAAGAGCUGGAAGGAGGGAUGAAGGAAGAGAGGACAGUUGGAAAAUUGGAGACCAUGAAUCUGGUGCAGUGUAGGAUACGUUCGUUCGAGUUGAGCAUGGAUGGAUCUAGUCCUGUGAAGGAGGUGCUCGCUAUGCAGGAACCGUUGAAGGUGUCUCCUCUUCAGGCGACGGAGGCUCACGUUUCAAAGCUAGACUGUUCGAAAAAGGCGUCGUCAAUAAUCAGAAACUUUGCUCUAGGUGAUUCGGACUCUCAGGAUUCUAAGUACAGGAAAGAUGGCCAUGCUAAACAGGCUUCGACGGACAGCAAUAAGUCGGUGAAAGAUCUGCUGGCUGACUUUGAGAGGAAGUCUCAACAGGUGCAGAGACAGGAAUACGGUAGACGUCAGGAAGUGAAGCAUCGUGGAGUGUUCAGCGAUUCAGAAGCAUUGUUAUACGACACAGGUAGCGACUUAGAUCAACAGGAUAAGAACGACGAUGGAGAGAAUGAGAGGGAUAUGAAGGCGGACCAAGUUGUACCUGAGCCUAUCAACGACCACAAAGUCUAUACAGACACUACGAAGAAGAAAAGGGAGGUUUCCUUCAGAAGAAAGAAAAGAUCAUCCUCCAAGGAGAGUAUAUGUGACCAAACAAUUCCUGCAGAGGAUCUAGACAUCAUGUCAAACCCCAGUUGUACUAGACUAAGCGUCACAGAAUCUUUGUUAACUCAUGGUGACAGAUUCUCUGGGGAAAGUGGAACCACCAGUCCAACUGUGAAACAAGAAGACAUUAAUCCAGAGGAACAUUAUCUCCCUAUGUCACCUAGGAAAGCUAUAUUGGAUCCAAACGACGAUAGACCUAAUCCAAAGAUCAUGGAGAGCUUAUUUGCCAAUUUGGAACACGAAGAGAGUUCCUAUGUGGAGAUGGCACAGAAUGGAAUGACCCAUUCACUUCUUGCACCCACUGAAGAAAGUGGAAAACACGAUUCUGGUGAUUAUUCCACAUUGGACACACCUCAUUAUGAGUUUGUUUGCGUUUCAGAUAGCAAAAUGGAGCCAGUGUAUAUGGAGGUGAGUCAUUUGUCUGAGAAAGAGGAGAAAGAUGUUGGAAAGAUGUCUCUGAAGAAGAGGAAUCAUGAAGAUUCGAGGACUGAUCUUCCUGAUAUACUAACUGCACUGAAAUCAGACAGUUCUGAUGCAGAUGAUGAAUCAUCAAAGGAUCUAGACUCUAUAGAUGCUCCAAGACAUCCUAGAUUCAGUCUCUCAGACACUUUCAGACCUGCUUCUUAUUAUCUGGGAGCCAGUAGGACCAUGAUUGCAGAAUUGCAUGAUUCUUCUGACAGUGAACUGGUGUCUCCACCUCCAAUUCCUACUUCUCCACCUCCUUUGGACGAUUUAGACUCUCUGGACAUGCAAGAGUCCUUGGAAAUUAAGAAAGUGUCGCCUCAAGUAGCAGUGAUGAAGGACAAUAGUUCUAAUAGAGACUCUCCAAAGUCUUGGAACAAGCCAAUGGGCCAGAUAGAGACUCACAGACCUCCAUCAAGAUUUUCUGAUGCUACUAUCAGCUCAACUUUCAGAGAUAGUCGAAUUUCUCUGGAAAGUGCCUCUGGAAGUGAUUCUGUGGAACUGAGAACACCAGAAGAAGAAGCAAGACAUAGGCAAUUGAAAACAAGACCUGUUAGUGAAGUCUGUGAGGUUUUGGACAGUUUGGAUGAGUUAGAGUCACUUGGAAGUCGCUUCGACGGAGCCAGUAUUGAUCUAGAUCAGUAUCUAGAAGAGUUGCAGGCUCGAGAUGCCUUUAACGUAGACUUGUAUGCAAAAGAUCUCAGUUACAACAGUAUUUAUGGGUUCAAUGAGAACAUGAUGGUUGUGGACAAGCUUCAGAAGACUACCUGCUACGAUUUGUCCAGACAAGUGAACCUAGGCUUUGGCAAUCUCUCAGAUCAAUCUCUCAAGUAUGGUACACCUAGCAGAAUGGGAUCAGCAAGUAGUUUACCCUCCAUGAGAGUCUGUGAUUUACCUCCAUCUCAUCAACAUUCACAAUCCUUCACUGGAGAUGCUCACUAUGAGAAUAUUUCCAGCUUUUCUCCAUUGAGAGGCUCACCAGCUGUUAGAUCUGACAUUGAACAACCUAGAGAUGGUACUCACAGACUCCAAAGAGGUUCUCAGAAUAACUUACUAACAACUUCUCAUAGCAGAGACUCCAGUUACUCUCUAUUCUCUGCAGCUGCCUCCAUUUCCACUUCCAUGGCCUGUCAGAGACCUGCCAGUGCUCAGUCUUCAACAGGAUCCAUCUCACUGGGAAACCAUGGGAACAAUAUGGUCACAAAUAUGAUGCAGAACACCAGUCCAUACUCUGAUCAAAGGUUCCAAAGUCACUCUAGAUCUGCUAGCCAAGAUUCAGCCAGAUAUUCAAUGGUAUCUAAUCACAGAUCCUCCUCCAGCCAAGAUUCCAGCCACUAUCCAACGUCUACGUCCACUGUGAAAACCAAUCCUGCUCCUCAGUCCUAUCUACCUGGUGAACCACGUCCUCAAAGUGAACAGUCAGGUGCACCUUACUAUUAUUCAGACCUUCAAGCAACUGUAAGUAGUGUGGUGGACACUGAUUCAUCCAAACCAAUUGGACACACGUCAAGACUGCCUCAGUUGAACAAUCAGAGAGACGAUGCUUCUGCUUUGAACAAGAGGAACGACAUAGGACGCAUUAUGAAUCCAAUAUCUAGGCAAUUGCCCAGGCAAAUUCAAGUAGACGACAUAGACGAAGCUAGGAGGAUAGCUGCAGAACUCAGGAAGACCACCUGUCAAUUAUUAGGAGACAAUAAAGUGGAUCUUGUGGACAAGAAGAAUUUCUAUGAAGCUGACACACUUAGAAGAGUGAAGUCUACCGAUCCUCUGCCUGAUAUCUCAUCAGCAGAGAUUAACACCAGGAAUCUUUAUCCCCAUGGUCUACGAGAUAAGUCUAACAGCCAGUCAAAUAACAAAGACACCUUUGAAUUGAUUCACGGCACCCAAACUUCUCACAGAAGAUCCAGGUCACUGGAGGGUCUUCUAGACGACGUGGGUCUUCAGAAUUUAGUAGAGCAGAGGAACAGAAGCAAUAGAGUAGCUACAGUGCAGCAGCCUAGUCAAGCAGAAGAACCACCUGAGAAUCUAACCACAGAUAGUCUCCCAUCCUCAAACUUCACCGCAGAAGAUCCAUGGGAACAAGACUCUCUGUGGAGGGAGAGCCUCAGAAGAGUCAGCCUAAGAAACGCCAGGUCUCUAGACAAUCUGGACACUCCACAACGACCUGUACUAACCUCUUCAGACUCAAAAGGACGUAACAAGGUAACAAGAGGUGCAACCUAUGUGAACGACAGUGUAAUCCUAAGAAGAGAGAACUGUUUGGAAGACUCCUCUUCAGACAGACCUCGCGUGAAGCGUAGAGCUAACAAGGAUCAGGAUAGAGAACAGCAGCUGAUCGAUGAUCUAACUUAUGAGAGCCUAUCUAUGGAACGAAUCCACGCUGGUGGUUAUGUAUGGGACGCCCAGAACGAGGCGUACAGAAAAGCGACAGCCGACGACAGGGAUCAUUUUUUAGAGGAAGGCAACCUUCCCCCGGUUCGCUCGAUCUCAGAGACCCAACAGCAGCAGGCGUUCGAGCUAGACCGCGAGAAGCUACGUCAAUGGGACCUGCUGUCGAGCGCCUGCUUGCUCCAGGAACAGCAGCGUGGCUCGAUGGCGGACUCGGGGCGAGGGUUGCCAACCGUAGAACGACCUGGAGACGUUCCAGACACCUCGAGGAACGGGAACAGGCCACCGAGUGGUCGAGGCAUGGUCAUCAAGAUGAUGGACGCGUCGACGACGAGCAACGACAGGCAGGAGGCACGCGACGAGACCAAGGAGGCUUGUAACAGGGCUGCUGCAGCAUCCGGAUCCGGGUCGGUUAUAGGAAGGGAUCCGCUUCCGCCGAGGGCUGUCAGCACUUCGCAGUUAGCUCAGAGAACGCAAACACAACCGCCAGCUACAGUGUCCACCCUUCCACUGCCAAAGGGGCAAAGACAACCUUUGCCCCUUCACCAAUCCACCCCCCAAUCGGUCAGGCUAUCGGAGAACGACAUGACGAACGCGCAGCUACUGCGCGCAGCCAGCAGUGGAGACGUUGGAAAUGGCCCUGUCAUAUUGAACAACGGCGAUGGUAAGGACUUGAGGUUAAUAUCACCUAGCGGCCAUUCCACUCAACGAUUGAUGAAUCCAGCUGGAGCCUUAAGGGUCGUUUCGUUGAACGACCAUCGAGUAUCCAGCCCUAGCGAUAGCGACAUACGAGUUCACAGUCCGAUUGAAAGGAAAAUGGUGAGCCCGAUCGGCCGGGAGGUGGACCGCGGUGGGGGCACGACCGCGAGGCAGAGUCAGCGUGCAUGGGAGUGCAACGAGUUGCUGCAUAAAAGGAGCAACGUCAGCGGGCAGCAGCGUACAGCAGAGGGCGGUUGUAAGCAGGGGCAACCCGGAACCCAUGGACUGGUUCGCGUGUCCGCCGGCGAACUACUCGGCAGGACCCACGAGGAGUUGGUGCUCCUGCUGAUCCAGCUACGCCGGCAGAACGCCACCAUCUACAAAGCGAUGGAGACAUGCCACAUGGAGAUCGAGGCACAGGCUAGAUUGGCGGAGCUCGAUACACCGCGACGGCUGGAGAAUCUUCAGAAGCUCGAGGAAUUGGAGAAACACCUGAUGGAUCUCGAGAAGCAACACGAGAAGGGCAAACCGCUGGUGAACCUUGUGGACAAUAUGGUGAAGUUGGGCUCCUUGUACAAUCGCAACAUUGCCAAUGGGACCAGCAGUGUCACUGGCUCGCGACACGAUCUAACACACGACAACUCUAGGGAUCAUCGUUUAGAAUUCAACCAGAAAGUGCAGGAACAACGUUUACUAGCAGAGGAACGUAGAGACUGGGAUAGGUUGAGCCCAGACCAUGGACAGUUGCAGGCCAAGGUGCAGCAGCUCUACAAACUGGAUCGCCUGCUGCAGGAGGAAUCCGGAACACUUCACAGUCUUCAGCAGAACAAGGAGAUUUUGGAAAAAGCUCUGGGCGGUCUCCGGCACAAACUGCAAGGCAGUAGGAGCAAUUUGGCGGAAGCAGAGAGAUACAGAAAGCAGCAGCUUUUGCUGGAGAGAGAGCUGAGCAGAGUGAGAGUGUUGCUGGCGCACAACUCCAAGGUAAAGCCGGUAUCCUUUCAGAAACUGGAAGAAACUGUCGCCGAGAAUGCUAGAUUGGAACAGGACCUGGUUGUAUUAAGACAGAAGCUUCAGGCAUCCAGAAGAUAUGCAGGGAACAUGACAAGGGAUACUUCAGCCACUACUGGACCUUUGGAAGCGGAAUUAAGAAGAGUUCAGCAGUUGGUGGGUGAUCUUCAGAGACAGAGAAAGGAAUUGAGCAUUCAGGUUAGGCAGCUGACUGAGAAGUCUCAUAGUUUAGUGCAACAGAUUCGACCACAACCCUCUUCUGCUCCCCAAGUGCAUCAGCCUAAGAAACGGACGCAGAAUUCCUGGUUGGAAACUGAUCUCGAUUCUGGGAUAACUUUGGACCACGGCUUGGAUUCCCCAUCGAGCCCAGCGUUGUCCUCAUCACCUCGUGGAAAGCAGAACGGUGGACCAUAUCCACAUUACAGUUCACCAACGCAGAUCAAAGAUUCUUCGCCCACGAAUCGUCAGCAGACGAAUCAACAAACGUACCCUCAGUCACCGCAGAACCAUAUAUCCUCCCUCUCACCUCAAUUACGGGAGCAGAUUCAACAGCAUCAAUUGAAGCAACAGCUUUUGAAGGAUCAGAUGCAGGGCAAGGGGAGUCUAAUACAAGCGAAUGUCGCCCCUUUGUACGUCAACACAGAUUCUAGGAUUCCAGAAAACAACAAGCAGGAAGAGAAGCUGACCAACGGCACAAUGAUUCCUCCGCCGGAAUACGUACCACCCCCUCCUCCUCCACCACUGAACGAAGAAGCAUUAUUAAAUGAUAAUUACAGACAAAAUGAGGACAACAAGUUUGCCAGUUUAAUUCACAAUCGUGAGAAACAAGAGAUUAAGACCGUGCGAAUCGUGAAACGAGAAUCGGAAAGACGGCAAAGAGAUCGGGGAGACAGAACUGGAAACAUUGGAAUUCCAUUAACGAACGGGCUUCAGGCGCCUGGGAGUGCGAAGAGAUUGUGUGAUGACGAUUUAGGAGGUUCUCAGAAGUUCGAGAAGGCCCAAUUGGGAAAGGUGGUAGAAGAGUCGCCGAUCAUUCACGCUCAAAGCACAGUCCAAUUGACGGAUUUGGACGACGUGCAGUUCCAAAGAAGCAUGUCCUUACCGAGAGGUUUCGGCGGACAGCGGCAACAGCAACCAGAAAUUCAUCAGGUUCCGGUGGUGCCUCCUCCCAGAAGCGACAGCAUGCACGCUCUGAGAACUAUGCUCGCGCGACGGAACAAAGUCAGAUUUGAAAACCAAGAUGGAAGCUCAGACAGUACCCUAUCACCGUACACGGAGAGCCUCGCGUCCAGCUCCCACGUGCCCAUGAGCUCGCCUAACUACUCGACCAGCAGCCCAUCGUACAGCCCCAGCCAGCAGAGCUAUGCCAUUAGAACGAACCACCAUCAACCGCCAUAUUAUCCACCUUAUAGGCACUAUGAGAAUCCUAUGAAGAACGAGAACAUCCAAGAACCUAUCAGCCCUGAAUUAUUAUCACCAACAAGCCUAGAAGGUCAAGAUAGACAGUUUGGCUCAUCUUUGAACGUAAACACUUCAACUUCUCCGCAAUUAUCUCCUGUAUUCAAGAGUGAAGCGGCAAAACAGAUUAUUAAGGAGAUGACGGAGAAAAAGGUAGAGGGACCAAGACGCAGGCAGAUCCCUCGUGAAAAAAGGAGACACUAUACCGUGUCCAGUAGUAAACCUGUCCUCGACCUAGAAGACACCUUCUCAAAGAUGGGAAUGGGCAGGGCUAGGGAUGAUUUGGAUAUGGAAAGAGCACUUCGGCCGAGGAUCAAUGCUCCUGAUGUUGUGAGAUCCACUUUGAGUCACAAGGAGCUGAAGUACAAUGAAAGUACUAUUGAUCAGCUGUUGGGGACCCCAAAUAAGAUUGUUAUUCCUGAGAGAUAUAUUCCUGAACAGACACCAGAGUUGACUGCAGAAGAGCAGGAACAGAGAUUGAAGAAAGCAGAAGCAAUAAGGAAGAUGCUGUCAGAAACAACAGUUACUGCACCAGAUGGAAGUGACGACAGUAUUAACGUAGAACAGUCCGACAGCUUAAAGAGGAAAGUGGUGGAAGAAAAGAGACAAAGGGAGCAUAUUCUGCAGCUGAAUCAAAUUUUGGCUAAGCAAGUUAUGGAAAAAAGCAAGAUGGUGGCGGUAAAAGCACUCGCCACUCUCCCCUUGAAGACCGAAUCGAGCUUAGAUGACGAGGAUCUCUCGCCCGUGACUCCAUUGCCGUUAUACCAACAGAGAGAGAAUUAUUACUCGUAAGAAGAUCCAGGUUAAAGUCAUAGCUACCAAAAGAAAAAAAAAAAGAAAAGAAACAAUUUAGCACAAAAAAAAAACAACGCUACUGCCAGCC